AUGGGGCUUGACAUUGACUAUAGACUUUGUCAAGUCUGUGACAUGAUGGCAGUAGAGGACGAAUAUCAUUUCAUUAUGAUAUGUCCUCUGUACGAGAUGCUUAGAAAGCGGUUCAUUCCCAUUUGGGCUUAUACAAAUCCAUCUGACUAUUUCAACGAGCUCGAUUUCAAAAGUGAUAACCUGAUGGGAGCAGAAACCGUCGCUAAGCUGAAGAAUGCAUUGGCCAAUAAGAUCGACGGUAAUGUACAAGCAUUGAUGGAUCUCAGCAAUGCCGUUGAAGCUUCCUUUCAAGAACCGGAAGUCAGUUUUCCAGAAUGUUGCAAAUUAAAUGACGACGACCUGGAAUAUUAUCCUCGGUUACGAAAGAAGAUAGAUUUUGAAAACCCAUGCUUGAGAUAUGCCAAAUACGGAGACAGGGGUGGACGAAUGUUGUCUGAUGGCGUAUUGUCUGUAAUGAAAACAAACUUCGAGAAGAAUCGAGAGUUAAAAUGGCAGUACUUUGGAAGCGAAGAGGGUGUAUUCACUUUUUAUCCGGGAACAUCGCGUGCAUUGUGUGACGACUAUGACCAUAGAUUUAGACCGUGGUACGUUGAAACAGCCACCCCAGAGCCAAAGAAUGUUGUCAUAGUAAUGGACGCGAGUGGUUCCAUGCAGAGAGCAUUCCCUCACUGUGAACAACAAGGGACGUUAAUGCAUAUUGCGAAGAGCGCAUCCAUUGACGUACUCAGGACAAUGAAUCCCAUUGACAAGGUCGGUGUGAUUGCCUUCUCUGAUGGCGUGAGAGUUCCAAGUGGUGAUGAUGAAACAAGCGAUUGCUAUGGUUACCAGUUAGCAUCUGCCACCCCACUUAAUAUCAAUUAUCUGAUCUCUGAUUUUGUCAAUACCAUCAGCGAUAAUGGGGAUACGCAUUAUAUAACUGCCUUUGAGAAAGCAUUUGAUUUACUAGAAGCGUCACAGCCUGUCGAAGGAGAAUUGCAGAGAGACCAAGUUAUUUUAUUUUUGACCGACGGCGAACCCACCGAUGGAGGGGAAUCGGUGUCAUUACUAGAAAAGAAACGAAACAUCAUUCAUACAAUAGUAAGAAGAAAUGCUAAAAUGAAUAACGAAGUCGUAAUAUUCACCUUUGGCUUAGGCGAAGAUCCUGAUCACCAAUUCCUGCGACAUAUUGCAGAACAGGACGGGACAGUGUAUAACGUGCAAAGAAACAAUACUGCUGGGGAAGUGACGCCUGGGCAUUACAAGCACGUAUCAGAUGCAUGUAAACUACGUACCAUAAUGGCAUCGUAUUAUGACUUCUUCUCACAUAGAACUCAACAAUCAGAUUCCCCUGUUUUUUCUGUGCCGUAUCAGGGAGCCACAGGGACAGGUUUGAUGACAACUGUAGCUUUGCCAGUGAAAUACGAUGGACAGUUAAAGGGAGUUGUAGGCGUUGAUAUAACUUUAGACGAUCUUCUGUCUGACGUCACGUUCUUCAAGGAAGGUGACCUAUCAUAUGCUUUCAUUUAUGAGAGUGGGACAAAAGCAGAAGGACGUACGCUAAUGCACCCUCUAGCACCAGCACCAAUCAGAAUCCAAGACGACCCUGUAUUUGUCCAUAUAUGGUCAUUGGAAAGAGACAAUAUUUUCAGAUCAAAUAUAUAUGGUAACGUAACCAGUGGCCAUGAUUCGUCACCACUAACCUUUCAUUCUAAACGCACCAUGUCACGUGGUAACUGGGUCAAAGAAGGCGUCAGGGUGUUUGAAGUUGAAUCAACGUAUUUCUGUGAUGCGGUCGUCGGUUCUGAAUACGUCGUGUGUUUGGUGUUAGCUGUGGGAGAUUCACAGACAGACUUAGAUUCAGAGAAAAUCACAACAACAGAAAAAUCCACCGUCCAAUUCGGCACUAUAGCUUUCAAUGACCCGAUCAAGUUCAUGAUAUUUGAUGAAGACGACGACAGUGUCACACGUUUUCAGCGAUAUAUGAAUGACAACACCGGUGACGUCAUCGAUGAUGAUUUUAAGGAGGGCAUACGUUCGAUGGUAUGGGCGACGUCAAAAGUCGAUGACCUAUGGAAAGAAUCUGAUGAUGUGUUUUCGAUGAAAGAAUACGUUUACUAUCGCCAUCUUGUGACGGAGAAUGGCGUGUAUAGAAGAUACCCAGGGAUGAUGUUAAAAAAAACGUUUCCAGCAACACAGACUUCAUGGUAUCAACGAGCUAAGAGUAAUGUAGGGAGAAUUACGUUAUCGCCACCAUUCGACGUAACGGGGAAUAAGAAGUUCGCCAUUACUAUGUCACAUACAAUUACACUAAGUCAACCAUCGAACCAGGAAAAGAUUAUGGGUGCGAUGAGCAUGGACGUGGACAUGGACUAUUUUUAUUACAUUCUCAAUACAACCUAUCCUCAAUGUAACGAAGAGUCAUAUAGUUGUUUUAUAAUGGAUAACAGUGGUUACCUUGUAGUGCAUCCUGACUUUUUCGUGAAUUCGGGGAAAAAUACCCCGGAUGUAGUAGACAUUCACGUUUCUGAAAUCGAACCAACAAUAGCCAAAGACUUGCUCAGACAAGGAUUUUUAAUAAAACAAGAAUGUGUCGACCUUCAGUAUGUAAAAUAUCUACAUUUCCACGAGGUUCAUCUGCAGACACACCUUUCAGACGCAGAUAACUUAGAUGACGACAAUGCAUGUAAGCUGUACGAACUCACACAUAUACCGGGCUCCAAUGCGUUCCUGGGCAUCGUAAAGAAAGUGUGCCACGAAGACAUCUCAUGUUGUUCAUGUUUCACUUCAAGAUGUCAAAAUAAUUGUCAAAGCCAGUGUGAGUGUCCUUGUCGAUCACCGGCAGACUACGACUACUGUAAUGACUUCUACGAAUUCACAAGUGACGAUGCCCCGUCCUGUACUCCGGGGUGUCAUUUAUUCGAAUCAUAUUCAUUCGAUGAGGACAUUGUACUUGAACAUGAACGUCUUCCGGUAUGUGUACAAGUGGACUGUGCACUGAAGACACAAAGGCAACGGAAAGAAUCUAACAACAACUUCAAACGUGUCAAGACCAUCUCCUCAUACACGUAUCCCGGUAUAUGUUGGGAUAGGUGGUGGCUUAGUUGUAAUCGUCGUUUGUAUUGUGUUAUUCGGCACACUAAUAUUGAAAAGACGGGGUCUGAAAAAACAAAGACGUCAGCGACAACGCUCAUCCGCUCCAUCAACACGUCUGGAUCCCGUAAAUCCGAGAGAUAA